AUGUUGGGGAACCUACUCAUCACCCUCGCUGUUACUUCUGAUUCCCACCUCCACACCCCCAUGUACUUCUUCCUCUCCAUCCUGUCCUUGGUUGACAUUGGCUUCAUCUCCACCACCAUCCCUAAGAUAAUUGUCAACAUCCAUACUCACAGCACAGUCAUCUCCUUUGCAGGCUGCCUGACACAGAUGCCUAUUUUUAUCCAUUUUGGACGUAUGGAUAGUAUGCUUCUGACUGCUAUGGCUUAUGACCGGUUUGAAGCCAUCUGUCACCCACCGCACUACCAGAUCAUCAUGAACCCACGCCUCUGUUGCAUCUUCAUUUCGGUGUAUAUUUUUGUUAGCCUUUUGGACUCCCAAGUGCACAAUUUGAUUGCGUUACAACUUAUCUGCUUCAAGGAUGUGGAAAUUUUUAAUUUCUUCUGUGACCCUUCUCAACUCCUCAAGCUAACCUGUUUUGAGACUUUCACCAAUAACAUAGUCCUGUAUUUUCUUGUUGCCACCUCUGGUUUUCUUCCCUUCUCGGAUAUUUUAUCUUACUUUAAAAUUAUUUCCUCUAUUCUCAGAGUCCCCUCAUCAGAAGGUAAGUAUAAAGACUUCUCCACUUGUAGUUCUCACCUUUCACUUGUUUGCUUAUUUUAUGGAACCUGAUUUGGGGUGUACUCCAGCUCAGCCAUCUCACAAUCUCCCAGGAAGGAUGCAGUGGUCUCAGUGGUGUACACUGUGGUCACCCCCAUACUGAACUCCUUCAUCUAUAGUCUUAGAAACAAUGACAUCAAGAGUGCCAUGUGGAGGUUACUCAGCAAAACAAAUUAA